AUGAGUGAAGAAUUCGCGCAAUCAUUUAAAAAAAUGUCCUUCACAAAAGAACUAGAAAUUAAUGUGAAAAAUAAAUGGGUUUCUUCUGAAAAUCUCAAAAUGGAUUUCUGUCCAGAAUUUGUCUUUAACAUUUCGGUUCUACGAAAUACUAUGACGAUACAUUUCACAAAAUACAUUACUAAUUGGACAGACGAUGUUAUCUUUAAAAGUUUUUCAAUUGCGGUUGACAAUGAUGUGUGUUGUGAAGAUGAUGAUGCUUACUACAAUGAAUAUCGUAAACGAUCAUCAAAAACAUUUUAUAAAAACAGAAUAAUGAUAACUUGUGAGACAAUUUGGUAUGGUUUUAAUGAUGACUUAUUGAGUGCCAGAAUAAAUAAAAAUAUGGAAACUUAUUUGAAAAAUGUCGAAUUUAGUGACGUAAAAAUUCGAGUGAAAAACAAUGAAGAAUUUCCGGCUCAUAAAGUCGUUUUAGCUUCCAACAGUUCUGUAUUUAAGAACAUGUUAACAACAGACAUGAAAGAAUCGAAGGAAAAUUGUAUCAAUUUUCCAGAAUUAGAUUCUGAUACUGUUAACAAAUUGCUUCACUUCUUAUAUCAUGGUAAAUUGGAUAAAGCUAGUGAUAACAGCGCUAUUUUAUUGGAAUUAGUAAAAGCUGCUGAUAUGUAUUUGAUAUCUGACUUAAAACGUGUCUGUGACGCAUUUUUGAGUAGACUUUUAUCAUCUGAGAAUGUUUUCUUACUAUUGGAAAUAUCCAGGACUAUUAAUUUACCAAUUGUACGCCAACAAUCUUUGAUUUUUAUCGCCAAUCAUGUGGAUGUAUUAUUCGAGGAAGAAAUGUAG